AUGGCUCCCCGAUACAAGGACGGAGAUGCCGUGGUUGCCAUCAACGGCAAAUGGGUUGCAUGGACUCACACCGUCUUCGCGUAUGCGGCGUUCAUCAGCGCGUUGAUUGUCGGCAUUGCGUUGCACUAUCACAAGAUCGUUCAAAAUGAACAUUACGGCUACCCCAUUGAAUGGUUCCCCUCGGUGUCUGCGACGAUCGGUGACCGAUAUCCCGAACGUUCCUUUUUCCAGGUCUUUAUUGCUAUCACUUCCGGUCCUCGCUUCGCCCUUGUGUUCCUAUGGUACAUCCUCACUUCGCGUCCAAACUCAUCCCUACCCAAGUUUGUUGCCGGCGUGGGCAUCUUCCGAACAUUGACAUGCGGUGGUUGGACCUAUGUUACAUCUACCGAUGACCACGACUGGCAUGACAUCUUCAUGAUCUCUUACUUGGUGGCCACUUUGCCGUGGACCCUGGGUUGCCUUGCGCUCAGCCCGAACAACCGCCGUGCCGUUAAGUACCGCAAAAUCAUGGCAAGUUUGUUCUUUGGAACAUUGGUUCCGUUGAUCUACUACUUCAUUCAGCACAAGGUCCACAAGGUCCCUGGUGCCUACACCAAAUAUGCCUUCUUUGAAUGGUCCCUAAUCCUAUUCGAUGUCGGCUUUGAUGCUGUCACGGCUCUUGACUUCGAGAGCUUUGAACUGGUGGUGAGGGAUGUUAAGGGUGCUAGCAGAGGGCAAUUGAAAACGACUGCAGAUGCUGUCUUGGAAAAAGAGAAGGGCAAGCCAGUGGGCAACACCUUUGGCGAGGGCUUCUUCUGGGCUGAGAUCAUUGAUGCCGCCUCAGAUGUCUACAACGGGUUUGUUUUCUGGACCAUUGUGACUGCUCUGCCUGUCCUUGUCUGGUACUUCCCUCUCUGGCACAUGGGUAUCUCCGGAUAUGAGGUUGCCAUUGUUUGCUGCACAUCCCCGUUGCUCUACGUCAUCCCAUCCCUACGACACGCAGCGGUGAAUAAUCUCCGCCUUCUCCACCUGGUCUCACUCGUUGGUCUUCUUGGAUAUAAAUUCCAGGAUCCUGCCAACCGUCUCUUUGUGACUGGGUUUGCUCUGUCUACUACUUGCGCAGCAUGGUCCGCUAGCUUCUUUGCCGAAAGGGCCAACACCCCUCGUCUCGAAGCCCGUAUAAUGGCUUGGGGAAUCGGUCUGAUUCUGUCCGUCGUUGCCAAGUUCGCAUGUAAGACCAACAACCCCCUUUGGCCAAUCGUCCACGCCGAGAAUGGUGGCUGGAACAAAACCGGAAUUUUCAUUGCUCUGCUCGCUGUUUUGAGGUCCCAGAGAGGUUCAAACAGGAGCGGCGGUGAACAUUUGCCAGUUGGUGGCAAGAAGGGCUCGUCCAUUCUUGCUGGUGUUGGGUUUGGCGCUCUGAUGUUCGCCAUAGUAUCACUUUUGACUGACUCGAGUACCAUGAUCUCGUGGGUCUGGGACGGAUACCCGGUGCGCGGACCGCUCGCAGCUCCUCACGGUGUUCUGACGAUCUUUGCAAUGGGAGCCGGCCUUGUGUUCGGCAUCUUCCACCCUAGAAUCGCUGGAAGCUGGACUGCCUUUGGUGUCGGUUCCACUGGUGCUGCACUCCUUACUUGCUAUCACCACUGGACUGGAUUCUAUGGUGCCCUUAUUCUUGCGUUCUAUAUCAUGGCCGUUGCUCCCGUUCUGAUCGCGUCCAGCGUUCGUCAUUCUCCUGCGAGCACGUUCGGCAUCGGCUUCAUCCUCUAUGUGGCCCUUUUGCUCUUCCACGUUUGGGUUGUCGCCUAUGCCUUCGUGCCAGGUGGCCCGUUGCUUCGUGAACACACUGACUGGCUCAUGACCACUACAAUGCUGUCUAUCGGUGCGGGUGUUUUCUCUGCGGCGACCUCGAACUCGACUCGCUCCCGCAGGGCUCACAAACCCAUCAACCCCAAUAGCAGGAAACAACGAUCGUACUACAUCUAUGUUCUUGCUGUACUGCAACUGCUUUCCGUGUCUAUCGCCUACCUUCGCUUCCCGACCAAUGAUUACACCCCUCAUCACAAGGAGGACAAGGUUGUGACUGCUGGCAUCUGGACUGUCCACUUCGGCCUUGACAACAACAUGUGGUCAUCUGAGCGCCGCAUGCGCGACGUCAUUAGUGAGCUUGAGUUGGAUGUCAUUGGCUUCCUUGAAUCUGAUAACCAGCGUAUCAUCAUGGGCAACAGGGAUGUCACACAGUUCAUCGCCGAGGAUCUUGGCUACUACACUGACUUCGGUCCCGGUCCCAACAAGCACACCUGGGGCUCUGCCUUGCUAUCCAAGUUCCCCAUCGUCAACUCUACGCACCACCUCCUCCCCUCGCCCGUGGGUGAGCUGGCACCUGCAAUCCACGCCACACUCGACAUGUACGGCGAGAUGAUUGAUGUUGUUGUGUUCCACUCUGGACAGGAAGAGGAUCCCGAGGACCGCCGCUUGCAGAGCGAGUAUCUGUCAAAGCUGAUGGGCGACUCCCCGCGUCCUCUGAUCCUGUUGAGUUACCUCGUCACCAAGCCGCUCGAGGGUAACUACAACACCUACGUGAGCGAGCGUAGCCAAAUGAAGGAUAUUGACCCUACCGACUGGGAUAGAUGGUGCGAGUACCUUCUCUUCAAGAAGCUGCACCGCACUGGCUACGCCAGAAUCAGUCGUGACACCAUUACGGAUACGGAGAUCCAGGUUGGAAAGUUCGUCAUUGGCGAGCCCGAGCCCGAAACUGAGAUGCGUAUCCCAGAGGAAAUGGUCCCUGUUGGUCGCCGCUUCCCAGCCUUGUUCCGCGGUCAGGGAGUGCGCGGACACCGCUACCACGUCUUCGACGAGCCCAGGUACUGGCAAUAG